UUGGAUUUAUACGUGUUUUUCUUAUGCAAAUGACUUUGUAUAAUUUGCAUAAAACUGCCGUUUAAAAAUACGGUGAAUGAAAUGUAGUUCCUCGAUUUAUAAGUUUGUUUUGGUAUCUUGAGGAAGAAUUGUUAUAUUGUGAGUCUAUGUAAAAAAGGAAUAAGAUUGCAUAUAAUGUGUAAUAACUUAAUUUUACUUUAUUCAAAAGGUGUUUGUACAAGAAUAGCAAAAAGAGGAAGGAUAUUUUGUUUAUAGAAUUGUGAUAGGUCUUUAUAUGUGGGCGCGGGAAUCUGCCUGACAUAGCAGAUACGUAGGCACACAUUGCAUCUUGCCACGGGCGAAGGAGGUGGUGCGUGUGUCGGGCUGUCUAUUAGUGUGCAACGCCCUUGUUACGUUUUACACCUUUGAACGAAGUAAGUUGUUUUCUUUAAAUGUCACUUUGAUAGUAAAGAUUGUAAGCUUUGAUACAUGUCUAUGAAAUGUUUUUAUGUCCUUCAGGAGAGGAAAAUAAGGAUUAUUUUGGAAGGAGAAUGUAUUUGAUUUUGUACUUGACAACUUCCGUUAGUCAGAAUAGUAUGUCUUCAUAGGGAUAUGGUAUCCAGUUAAUCAAAUUACAUUGAUCGUUUAAAUAAAUGUUAUUACAUUUAUUCUAUAUGAUGUUUAGAUAAAUUGUCAUUUAAAUGGUUAGUGGUUAACGCCUACCUGUAUUUAGUGCGUGAAUAAUUGAUUGUAAUGAUUUCGCCGUUGAGGGCGAAUGGUGUUAAUAUUGUGAUAAAGAUGGCGGCGCCCAUGGAAUAUUUGUAUGAUAAUUUAAUUGGUGAGUUACUUUAUAUAAUAUGUUAUUAGUAUACUAUAAGGAUGUUUUAAUGAUUUGUUAUAGGCGACAUGCUAGCGAGGUUUGCUGGAAGCUGUAGUGUGGUCUAGCUGGGACUGCGUUGUAUUUUGGGAGCCGGGAGCUGCUCCGGCUUGUUGCUUCAGAGACCUUGGGGUUUUCUUUAUGCGAUGAUGAUGAUCAACAAAUAAAUGGGCUCAUCACCCAACCUACCAUCAAGCUGCUCUCAAGUUUCUUUAUUGCUGCCUUAUCCGUAUUACGACAAAUGGCGACGAGGAUGGGAUACGGAUGUUUGUGGAUCAUCGCAGAUUAUCGCAGAUGCUACGACUGAGUUCAUCAGCUGAAGGAGAAAAACCCCUUGGUCAAGAAAGACACUUGGAGUGUCACAGGACUUUAACGAGUCAAAGUUGUUUUUUUGCAUGCAAUAUUAAUUUGUUGCAGUUCCAAGUAUUGGUGUAAGUUUAGUUGUAAACACAGUCAUUAUUGCCAAUAAAUAUAAUUAUUGCCAAUUGUUUACUAACUUGUACUUGCAGUUUUAGUUUCAUUUAGCCCUUGUAACGAUGGCUGAAGAUACGAGUAUGGCAGAGAUGCUGCAGGCGUUGACAGGUGUCAUGCAAGGACUAGCUCUACGACAGACAACUCCUGCACCAAAGAUUAAACUUCAAAAGUUUAAAGGUCCACCAAGAGCCCCAGGGGAACCUUCAUUAAAGGAAUGGCUGGAUGAUUUUGCUGUUUAUGCCAAGAGGUACAGGCUUGAAGGGAAAGACAAGGCUCAAGCAUUAAUCGAUCAUCUUGUCGGUGUCGUGAAGGAAGAAGUUCUGUGUAGGGAUCUGUCAGUAAGAGAGGACUUUGAUCAGCUAGUAGAUGUGCUAAAUUCACUGUUUGGACCUGCAGAAUCUGUUCAGUCACUGAGUGCUGAAUUUCACACAAGAAUCCAGAGAGAAGGUGAAGGUCUUGCUGAUUAUAGCCGUGUAUUGAUGAGACUGUAUUCACGCAUGGAAAAGGCAGCCUCCUCUACAGAUGAGAGGAGGGCCCUUGAGCUUCUUCGCGACAGUUCUCUAAAGGAAAACUUUGUACGGGGAGUGAGAGACACCGGGAUAAAGAGAGAACUUCGACGAAUAGAGAUGGCCUCUAAAGGGAAAAAGUUCCUGGAAAUGCGUGAGGAAGUGUUGGAUCUUUUCAGGGAUCAGGAGCCUUCAACAAAAGUGAAAGUCCAGGAAGCACUGGUGGCAACCCCCUCAACUACAGAGAGAAAUGAAGUCAGAGAACUGAAGGACGACCUAUCUUCUUUAACGAGACAAGUUAGUGAAUUAGUAGAGGCUGUAAAGAAUUUACAAAGGAACAGUGGUGGACAGAAGGAAUACAGUGGUGGACAGAAGGAAUGGCAAGGAAGAAAGCUCAUUUGCUACAACUGUGGUGAGAAGGGCCAUCACAGGAAUGAUUGUUCAUCUAGCAGAAGGUGCUUUUCUUGCAAGAUGCCUGGGCAUCUUAAGAAGGACUGUCCCUUAAACAAGAGUACAGAGAAUACCCGAGAGAACUCUCAAGCAAACAUCAGUUUGAUCCAAGGUCAGAAGGAGGGGUCAGUAGAUCCAUUGAUAAAGAGACUUGUAUCACGAAGUCCAAAGUCGGUAGUGACCAUCGGGGGCUUGGACAUAGGAUGUGUAUUAGACUCGGGAGCGGAAACGUCCAUAAUACCCGCUUCGGUAUACCAUGAACAGCUGAAGGUACAUCUGGGGGAGCUGCACUCAAUGUCUGGACUAUUUCUAGAUAUCGUGGGAAUCGGUGGGAUAGAUAUCCCAAUUGAGGGCUACAUCGAAGUCCCAAUACACCUGGAAGGAUAUUCCCUCCUUGGAAGUUUUAUGAUUGCAGCGGACAGGGCAUGCCACAAUGCUACGGCUACUACACCGGAGUAUCCCGUCCUGAUAGGAUGUAAUAUCUUUGACACUAUCGGUCCGUCAGGGUUAAUUGAUGUUCUGAAGUCUGCGAAGCAGAAAGUGAAUGAGAGAACAGCGGCCUCCUGCUCACCUAUCCCUGUACAGACUGGGUGUGUUGAAGUUCUUCAACCCUUUAGCAUAAGAAGGGUAAGGUGUCAAAUAGAGACAGAUGGUCAUUCAAUAGGAGAGAUAUUGGUGAGAGAUGCAACACGCCCAGUCUACGCAAUCAAUGCAAUAGAAGGGUGCCAAGAACCUGAUGGGAAAUUAGUGGAAGUGCUGCUGGCUAACAGAUCGGAGAACAUUAUUCAUUUACCAUCUCACACUCAGGUAGCAGAAGCAGUAAUGGUCCAAAGAAGGAAAGAGGUUUGUCUUGACCUUGAGGAGGACAAGAUAUUGGUUUCUGUUCGUGAUGUGGUUGCAGAAGAAGCAGAAGAUGACAAGGUAUCUGAAAGUGUAAUGUCGGAUAUUGACAUUAAGGAAACAGAUGACGGUCUUCCGGAUCUUCCUACUGGAGUCAAGUUGGACGGACUUUCCAGCGAAGCUAAGAUGUUGGUGACACAGUUGCUCGACAAGCAUGCUACAGUGUUUUCAUCAGGAAGCUUUGAUUUAGGGGAAUGCAGUGUUGUGCCUCACGUGAUACAGAUGACUGAAGGACCUACGAUUAGGCUCCCUUACAGGCGCAUACCCCCAACGUUGGUCAAUGAUGUCAAGAAGAUGCUCCAGGAGAUGUUGGAUCAAGGGAUAAUCCGCCCAUCAAAAAGUCCGUAUGCAAGCCCCAUUGUUCUUGUGAAGAAGAAGGAUGGAUCACUCAGAUUAUGCAUUGAUUACAGGAAGGUUAAUGAACGCACUGUAAGAGAUUCGUUUCCAUUACCUAGGAUAGAGGAAACUUUGGAUGCACUGACAGAUGCCAAGUAUUUCUCCACAAUGGAUCUAGCACAUGGCUACUUCCAAGUAGUGAUGGACCCUGCAUCAGUGGACAAGACGGCUUUCCGAGUUCCUUGGGGACUUUUCGAGUUUACCAGGAUGCCCCAAGGACUUUGUAAUAGUCCAGGUACAUUUCAGAGAACGAUGGAGUAUAUUCUGGGAGAUCUUAAUCUUAGCCAAGUUAUAUUGUAUCUGGAUGAUAUUUUGGUGUUCUCUUCUACUCUUGAGCAGCAUUUGGAGAGGUUGGACUUGGUCUUAACACGACUUGAAGAGAACGGACUCAAGGUGAAAGGCAAGAAGUGUGAAUUCUUCCGCCAAGAGGUCAAGUACCUUGGACAUGUAGUAACAAGUGAAGGAGUCAGGGUAGAUCCUGAAAAGGUGAAUAAAGUCCAGGAGUGGCCACGACCCAAGAAUGGCAAGGAAGUUAGCUCGUUCUUAGGAUUAGCAUCCUAUUAUCGUCGCUUCAUGGAAGGAUUCUCUCACAUGGCUGGUCCUCUGCAUAAGGUUGCUCUGAAAGGGAAAAGCAGCAAGACAGACUUCGAGUGGGGACAAGAACAAGAAGAUGCAUUUGUAAGUUUGAAGUCGCAACUUACUAGUGCCCCAGUGCUUACCUACCCCAAGUUUGACAAGGACUUCAUCGUGGAGACGGAUGCUUCCCUGAAAGGCUUGGGGCAUGCUUACUUCAGAAUGGAGAUGAUGGUCGACCCCAUCCUAUCGCAUACGCAAGCAGGAGUUUGCGAGGGGCAGAGAAGAACUAUGCAGACUUGA